GCUUGUCUGCAACGUUUAUUGCUCGCUGUGAUGUCCGAUGCUCCCAACAGCCGUGACGACCCUCCUCGUUCUCCUCCUGGAUUUUUUCCUUGACCGUGGUCAACGGCCGCAGAGUUCUCAAUUUCAGCAACUCCUGCGAUUUGAGUUACGGCACGAACAUGCCGUCUCACCCGAUGCGCGUGUGGUGUUCUCCGACGUGCCAUCGCCCGUGAGCCUUGUCUACGGCAAUGAAUCAUCUUAUUCGAUUGAUUCUCGACAUAUGAUCUCAUAUCGUCCGUCGAGUUUCAGUGCCUACAACGAUGCGAGGGUACAGUCCAUGCGGCACGCACAAAGCGCGAAUUUGCCCUGGUACGAACAGGAAAUUUUAGGACCGAAUGUCGAGAAUCGCGAAACACUGUUACAACUCGCCAAAAUGACAAACAAUGCCUACGUGACUCCUGAUGAUAGCCAGUGGUACGAGCUUGGCGAGAACUGGACCACCCAUUAUCCAUUUGGAUGGGAACCAGAAGCUGAUGGGUUCCGAGGUUAUGUGUUUGCAACACCCGACAACUCCGUUGUCAUUCUAUCUAUCAAGGGCACCUCCGCAGCCGUGUGGGGAGGCGCAGGCCCGACUGCCAAGAAGGAUAAAUUGAACGACAACCUACUCUUUAGUUGUUGUUGUGCCAGAAUUGACUGGACUUGGACGACUGUGUGUGGGUGCUAUCGUAAAGGGUGGCAAUGCGACCAGGAUUGCCUAGAGCAGGCUCUGGUGGAAGAUAGUCUAUUUUACCCCAUUGGAACGAACCUGUAUAAUAAUCUAACAUAUAUGUAUCCGACGUCGGACAUCUGGAUUAUAGGACAUUCGCUAGGUGGUGCGGUGGCCUCCCUUCUUGGAGUCACGUUUGGGACCCCUGUUGUUGCCUUUGAGUCCCCAGGAGAGCGGCUGGCUGCAAAGCGGCUGCACCUGCCGUCGCCGCCAUCAACUCAUCAUGUCACGCAUGUGUACCACACUGCAGAUCCCAUUGCGAUGGGAACCUGCAAUGGAAUCUUGUCUUCUUGCGCCUUGGGCGGGUUCGCGAUGGAAACUAGAUGUCAUCUAGGCAAAUCAAUUGUGUAUGACACCGUGUCCAACCUUUCUUGGGCUGUAGACAUACGCAAACAUGGGAUAAUUAAUGUUAUAGAAGAAAUUCUGGGAAAACCCUGGCAACCCAGCGAAGAUGUCGGUCGUCAGGUUCCACCCGCUGCAGCUGAAGAAGAUUGUGUAGAAUGUUAUAGCUGGGAGUUUGGCGAUUUCCCCCCGUAGAUGCUACCACAGUCGGAGACUGUAGGUAUUCAUUUGGACAUGCAGUUCGCUAGAACAUACCCAUACCCUGCUUUAUCAUACAUGUCAGUGCAUUGAAACGAAGAAUUUUCGGAUGAAUAUGACGAAAGUGAUGACCUAAUUCAAACACCGUAUCAGCUCUGCAUCCAGCGAAUCAGUUUGCUUGGCUAGGUUGAUACUACACCGCAACCAGCUCCGGACUAACCUUGGCAUUACCCACCCACAGGUUCUCCGGGCUCCCGCUAAUUCUACUCGG